ACAGUCAAGCCGCGCGACUAAAUGUGCGCACUAUUAAAAUUUCAUUUAUUUGGAAACGGACGUUCAAUAUCGAGACUGCCGCCGACACAAGUGCUAUCAUUGGCGCUUUGCGUCAAUCGAUUUUUUCAUUAUUAUUACUCCUUAUCACGCGGCUUACAUAGUGGCUGGCACUGAUGAAUUGCCCCGUCGAGACAGACAUUUAGAACUCACGAGAUCUUCGUAGAGUCGACGCCAAGGACGUCGCAACAUAUUUCUGUAGCAUUUAAAGCGAAGUGUUCAUCUUAAACUGACCACAAAAGUUCUAAAGAUUCAAAUUCCUUGGACGUUUAAGGUUGCUUGCUAACUUUCGAGAAAGUGAAGUGAUAAAGAAAAAGAUUCUUCACGUGUCGUCUAUAAUUUAUUUUCAUCGAAAGUGAACACAUGAAGUUAACAUCAGAACACUGUGAUGACAUAAUUUACUCGACAAAUAGAUAACAGUGCAAAGGUUUCUAUUUGUUUUUAAGAAGACGCCUAAUGUUACAAUAUUAUUUUAGUAUUUGGUGCAACAAUAUGUAUGAUACGAUCAAAUUAUCGUAAUACGUAAGAACGCGAUAUUGUGAGAAGUGUAAGUUAUAUAUAUAUAUCAACGUGAAGAUUGUACGGAUAUCUGUUAGUACGAAAAAUAUUCCAACAUGUCUUUCCUUAACGAGAUGAUAAUGUUGGCAUACACAGCCCAAAUGAUGUCUACCUUGCCCGAAAAGGGAGGGAAUAUUAGUGUAGCUCAGAAUACUACAACUUUGUCACCGGUGGAGGUAGAGAACAAAUUUGAUUUUUACGACCAAUGGUACAUGUGGCGAUGUUACGAACCGUUCGGAUGUUUUUAUAUUGGACCACCCUGGUCUGGAGAGAAUCGACCGGUGUCCACAUUUCCUGCAAGACCGGACAGUAUCGAUCCUCAUUACAUCCUUUAUACACGCGAACAGGCCGGAAAACCUUAUGAAUUAAAGAUUGAUGGAAAUUCAACGAUCCGGAAAUCGCCCUUGAACAAGAAGAACAAUUUGUAUUUCAUUAUCCACGGAUUCCUGGACAACGGCGACAAAACUUGGGUCUUGAGAGUGAUGAAGGAGUUGCUGUUGCGGGAGGAUUGCAACGUCGUGAUCGUCAAUUGGCUUGCCGGUGCUGGACCACCCUACACACAAGCGGUGGCGAACACACGGCUAGUGGGUGCUAUGACAGCUCGUAUGGUAGCACUACUAAUCGAGACCAUGGAAUUACUACCUUCCAAGAUGCAUUGCAUCGGUCACAGUCUAGGCGCUCACACUUGCGGUUACGUCGGAUUCCAUUUACGCGUUCGAUACAACUAUACACUAGCUCGAAUUACAGGUCUUGAUCCGGCGGAACCUCACUUUAGCAACACACAUCCGAUGGUCCGGCUUGAUCCAACGGACGCAAACUUCGUGACAGCCAUUCAUACCGAUUGUGAUCUCUUUAUUAGCGGUGGCCUAGGCAUUAGCCAACCCGUUGGUCACAUUGAUUUCUAUCCUAACAGCGGUCGCAAUCAGCCUGGCUGUAAUGAGGGUGUGCUGAAUUCCAUCACUUUGGAACGCGGCAGUUUCAUUCGUGGCAUUAAAAGGUUUCUAGGAUGCAAUCAUAUCCGUAGCUACGAGUACUUCAUUGAAAGCAUAAAUACACCGUGCCCAUUCUUAGCCGUGCCGUGCAGCUCGUGGAACAAAUUCCAAGAGGGUAGCUGUUUCGACUGCGUAAACCAAUAUUGUCCUACAUUCGGACUGGAUGCUCAGCCUGGAAAUUACCACGCAUCUGUGUAUCUGAUGACCGGAUCGGAUAAACCAUUCUGUAAAGCUCACUACAAGCUGACGAUAAAUAUCUCAAAGACGGACGAAAGUUUGUUACACGGCGGAGAGGUCGGGUUAUUCGUUGUACGCGUGAUUGGCGUAAACGGUAAAAAGACCGAAGAGAUGCAGCUGAGUCCAUCCUCGAAGUACUACGAGCCUGGUAGCACGCACACCAUCGUACUGCCCGGCGACGUUGUCGGGAAGCCACAUUCAGUAGAAAUUACCUGGAAAUAUGAGACCCGAGUCUGGAACCCACUGACAUGGAGACUGUUCCACACGCCACGGGUAUACAUCGACAUGCUGACUAUAAAAAACUUGGAGACUGAUUAUGGGAUCACGCUGUGUCCGGACGACACGAAAGCGCUAAUCACUAACAAACCUGAGAUUCUGACCACGGAUAAUUGUCGCAACAUGGAACACAACACAAAUUCCAUAUGAAGGACCAAUAAAAUCCAUGUAUUAUUCACUUUUUCUCACAAUCAAGGAUUGAAGCAAGUAUAAUUUCGUUAACAUGAUUGAAUUUCGCGAGAUAUAUCUAAAUGAAAAGACUCUUGUUUACGGAAAGUAUCGUAAGAAUGAAUUCUGCCCUAUCCGUAGCAUGAAAACUAAUAAAAAAUUUCACAAAAAAUCGCUGAAAUUAUACUAGUUUCAAAUUUUGCUCACAAUAAGAUCAACGAUAAAAGUCAACGAUCUUCUCGUUAUAGCCUUAUAGAAAUAUGUAGAACUCGUUAGCUGCGCGAAGGAAAUGAACGAUAGAAUGUUGAAGGCUAUAGAAAUUUUUCCAUUUAUCCUUUCUUAUGAAAGCUAGAGAUAAAAAAGAAUAUUUAUAAUGCCAUAUAGGAAAAGUAUCCUCUCAGUCUAUAUAAUGCCAUUAUUCUACGUGGAGUUCUAAGAAUAAUUGCCAUAAAUUGAACGCUUGUCUUCGUAAUCCCCAGGGGAAUCGACUUCACGCGGAUGACAUUUAAUCUCCGGAAAUUCCGUUUCGAUCCGAGCUGCUUAUUUUGCGACUGUCAUAGGUGAACAGCCGAUCGCGAGCCCAGCACGAAUCGCAUAUAAUAGCGCCGGUUUCCCUCGCAGCCAAUGGCAAAGUCACGAUCCUUUCACUGUCAUUAUGCGCCCGGGGUCUUUCUCUGUCUCUCUCCCUCUUUUUAUUUCUUUUUCUGUCUCUACUUCGCCGGACGCUUUUGUGUAAUGUCGUCGUCACAUCAGUAAAUUGUCGCUGACCCCGUAAUUUGUGACCGUAAAAGCGUCAAUCCCACUUUGUUCACUCAUGGUGGACUUAAUAGUGACAAUGGCGUAACAAACGACGCAUGGCAUCGCGCAAUAAAUUUUAUGACCAAGGUUUCUAAUAUGGAAAAAAGAAAUGAGAGAUGUUAUGAGACGAGAGAAAAGAAAUAAUAAAUGUUUUGAAUGCAUGAAAAAAUACUUCUAAAACUAGUAGCACAUUUAAGACAAUUAAUGCGUUAGUAUUGUGUAACAUUUGAUUGUUUUAUUGUAUACAGAUGAUAGAGACGUUCUGAUGGUAAUUUCGUAAUCUCGUUUGUCGCAUUGAAUUAAGCAAAAGUAGGCCGCAACGCAAAGUGGGCCGGGCACGUAUACUAUUUUCGCAUACCAAAUGAGCUACGAAAAUUUAUAGAAAAUUCUACAAAAGGGUAAAUAUGAGUCGAGUCGAUCCAUUUAGUUAAAGGAUUCGUCCCUAAAGUUUUAUGAUCGAACUAGAUUUAACAAACAUAAUUCAUUUAAGAAGAAAUGAGAUCUGAAAGACAAUGUUCUAAGUUAAAAUUUAGUGAGCGAACUCUAAGUUAGACUUUUAAUAUAAUAUGUGAAUUAUUUAAUUUCAAAC